AUGGUGUCCAUCGCUCUCUGUGGUGAAAUGGAGAUGGAUCCCAGUUGUGAAGAACAUAAAAACCCUGCAGGAGAGCCCACAGAGCACGAGGUAAAGGAGGCUAUUUCUGAGCUCGCUGAAAAGAACAGUCACACCGAGCUGCUUCAUGGGCCCGCAGAGGAAAGCAAAAGGCUAUGUGUGAAGGAGCCACCUGAGGCAGAGAUCUGUGGAAAACAGAGGAACAGCUCUGAAAUGAAAAGUCUCUCUGACCCCGAGGGAGAAAAUGGGGACCCUGUAUUCAAGAAGCAGAGGAAUCUGAGAAAAACAAAUAGCUGGAAGAUGGUUCGAUUCCAGGACCCGUCCACAGAGGAUGAUGUGGCGGACAGAGACAGCUCGGCAGAGGGUCUCUUUCCAGAAUACGUGACAGAGGAGUGGACCUCUUCCACCUUCGAGAAACUCUUCAUGGCAGAUGACUGGCAGGAUGUCACAGGUAAGGACAGAGUGCCCAUCACAAAGUUAAACUAAUAUAACUUGUGCUUUUUCAUUUCCCUCUUUCAACCUUGACACAGAUUUACGUAGAGUCACAAAAGGAGAACAGGCUGUUUCUGUGCACAUGUUUACCAACAACCAGCAGAUUAACCUUGCACUGCAUGACCUGCACUCUUCUUUCCUCACGCAGAGGAUCACCUGUUGAGAAAGAAGGUUCUGGAGUCAAGGGACCUUCAUGCACCACGUCCAACCUGGGGUCAGAAGGUCACUAUAAAGAUGCAGUGUGUCCUGGAGGACCGUACUGUAGUGGAAAAGGACUGCAAGCUUGUGUUUGUUAUCGGGGAGGGCGAUGUAAACCAGGUGAAAACCUUUAACCCCACAGCCUGAUUUCCCUCAGAUCGGGUCGUUUUUCUCCAGUAUGAAGAGCUUAUGUGGCAUGUUAGGAACUAAAGAGACUGUCACUGUAGUUAAACAUGACUAAGGUAUUUUUUGGACUGCAGUUAUUGAACCAGGUUUGUUUAGUAUUAUAUUUAGUUACACAAUUAUAUGGACUGCCAUGGAAAGGACACAUAGUGAUGGUGUCUUAGUGCUGCCAUUCACUGACAGACCUCUCUAAUAUGGAGUCUUGAAAAUUUAGUUGAAGUUACCUGCUUUGAAAUUAACAAAAUACAAAUAAAACUGAUUUAAACAGACUGAUGCAUAGAAACUAAAAUAGAACCCCAACUUUAACAACUUUCACACGUGGCUUCAAUCCAACCUGGUGAUAAUCCGGCCAUGCCACAAACUCUGAUUUGGGGCUAAAAGUUUUAUCUAGGCCAAAGAAUUUACAACAUGCUUCAACAAGCAUCUAACAAAGACUAGACGUAUAGUCUCAGUAAUGUCACCUGUUGGUGUCUGGAGCCCAGUGAUGGUGGUUGCAUGGUGGUAAUGUUGACUCAACCUAACCAUCAGUCAGUUUAAAUAGGUGAGCUCAGUAGAGCUGAGGCGAGCUUUUAGCCUCUUGGCAAACAGCUGCACGGCACCCACCUGUCAGUCCUGUCAUCUGUACCCCUAAUUAUGCAAAUUUACACACAACCCCAACCCUCUGCAUUACCCUGAGGCUCCUGUUGGAAACUUCCUGUUUGUGUUUAUUGUGUUUAUGGCAUCAAACCUGGGCCCGUAUAUAGGGCACGCAUGGAGACUGCUAGGCCAAUGGCGACACCAUGGACUACUUUUUAAGUCAUCCCAUGAGUCAGUUGUUAAGAUAUUUAAGUCCAUGGUCGUAGUCCACUACAGCAGCUCACCACAAGAGGUUUUAUGCCAUUAAUAUUGUGACGUUUUAACUCUAAUUUGUAAUUAAGCUCAGUUUGGAUAACUAUAUGAAAAGUUAAGUGAUUGUUUUUCUGUGACACCUGCAGGCCCUGGAGGAGUGUGUCAUGUCCAUGCAGAAAGGCGAGAUCACAUUACUGCUUGCAGAUUCACAGUAUGCCUAUGGACUUUUGGGAAGGUAAGGAUUCACCAGUCUUCUCAUUUCAUUUAACUAAGAGUAUGUUGGAGCAAAAAAACAAGACCUAGCCUAUUACAAUUUUCAAUGUCAUCUUAUCAAUUAGGCCAGAGCUCUUGUACCUGUUGCUGUAGGGGCACCCUGGUUAUCCAGGAAUAGCAGGGUUAAUGAGCCAUAAACAGGAGCAGAUGGCCUCCUCCUGACACCAUUCAGAGGCUGCCUAACCAUGGUGUGUUUGUAACCUCCCAAUCUAUGGGAGGGCACUGCUCAUAUUACCACCAAUAGCUUUGGUUUAUUACCCUUCCACUGUUAAAGUGCCAGGAUAAACACAGAAGAGAUUGGCGUGAUGUUGACUUGCAGCAUUAUUUAUAGCUCUGCAUGCAAGGUAGACGUUGAUAACUCUGAUUUGAUAUGGUUUGCUUGAAAGGAUUAUAAAUGAAGUGGAAGAUUUUUUGUGAUGAAGCAAGAGGUAGAUAGGAGAGGAAAUGUUUUUCUGUGUAAUUUGAUUCUUUUUUUCUUGCUCCACGGUUCAGAUAGACUAAAAAAACUGUUAUCAUAAGCAUAAUAUCAAGCAUUUUUUAAGUUGUAAAAGCAACAACAUUGACAACACUAAGUCAGUGUUUAAGCCACAACCCAUGAGGGUAAAUUAAAUAUUAUUAGCCGAUUCCUCUACCUCCACAACCUGUCAGCAAACAAAAAUGUUUUUCAUAUGAAGCUCAGCUGAACUCUUAAAUCAGAGAGUUCACUGGGAGUUUGCCAUGUUCUGCAUGUGGACAUUACUGUUAAAUAACAUCUCUGUACAGAGGACUAAUGCACCAAAGCAAAGAAGUCAAUGUACCCAGAACUAUCAUUUGGAGAUAAAAGCCCUGAUAGAGUGCAGGAUUUAUUAGAAGAUCUGCAAGCCAGAUUCACAUUAAGAGGCAAAAAGUAGAGCAGAAAAAGUCUGAGGUCCUGAUUUUUAAUCUGGAGUAGUGUGAAGGGGAUGAUGACACAGGAGGGACGUGUUUGGCUCUGAGGUGUUAUCUAGAGGCACAGUCGCUGUUGUGUGCUGAGUUAAAAAAAAAAAAGAAGAGGCAACAAGAGGUUAGUUAAUGAUUGUUUUGAUUCAGCUGAUUAGGACAGUCUGCUGUGGAGUCUGAAUGAGCUGAAACAGGAGGAAGAGAGUCAGAGCUCCAUGCUAGCUUUUUCUAAAUAAAGAGGUUGAGGGGGUUAUUAAUUUCUCUGAUUGUGUUCUCCUGUAUAUGCACAUGUAUGAUUCAGAGACUGAAAUGAACAUGUAAUAGAAUAGUAUGUUACAAAGAAAGAUAAAGCAUGCCAAGAAACAGAGAUGCAGUAAGAAAAGCAUGUAAACAAAUAAAAGCCGACCAAUAGUUGCCAACCCUUGUCUCUAGUUUUUUCAAUCAAUACUCAAGUGAAGUGUGUGAUUGACAGUUUGUUAACCUACAGAGAUCAUAAAGAGUUUCCUAAAACAGCAAAAUGUCAUUCAAACAUGUUUCCUGUAAAGGUGCAAGUAAAUUCCUUUUUACAAUACAAAUGCUAAAAUAAGCUUCCAGGCAGCGUUGUGUUCAUUACUGUUCACACGGGAGGGUGUUCACUUUUCAUUGAACUCCAACAAUGACAGAUAUUUUCUUGGAGGAGCUGCUCUCCACUGCAUGGAGAGCUUAUCUAAAUAAUUAAUUGAACAAACAAGUUGACAAAAAUAAGAUGUCAAGCUGUGCCAAACAUCAUGUUUCAGGUUAGAUUUGACAUGCUCGGUGUGUUUGUGCUGAAAAUGACAAAGAGAGAAUGAAUGAAAAUCUCAUUAACCUCUCUCUGUUUUUCUCUCUCUGCAUUGAUUGAACUCUGUCAGUUGCCUGUUGCAAACAGAGCUGCUAAGGGCACUUCACAGUUAUUUAUCAGACAAUGUGCAAAGAUUGGCAGACACAGUGAUUCAGCGGAGCACAGUGGAAAGGUCUGUAGCUCAGUGUGUGGGUGAUGGGUGCGCUGCAGGGUCUGAUGUGAUCAGAGCUGAAAAAUGGAGAAAAGGAGGGUAAUGAAACCUCUGAAAAAAACCAAAGUGUUUGACUUACAGCAGGCAGGCUGGUCGGGCUAAUUUAAGCUAGUUCAGCUUCAGGAAACAUUUACAUUUUUCCUGUGUCAUCAAAGCCCCGAGCCUUUGAAAGUAGAAACGUAACGAAAGACUUCAUCAUGCUUGCCAGCAGCAUGCGUCAAAACUAUUCCCUGCUGAGGCAUAUGACUCAGUCACAGAUACAGAGUUUCUACUGCUGUCAGUAGGCCAUUUACGAAGAGCAGAGGACGCUAGCAUCUGUUGAUCUAUGGACAGGAGAAAUCCUGAGUCUCAUAAAAACCUCCAGGGUCCAGAUGAAGUCUUCCUCAUCAGCCUCACCGAGUCAACACUUCGCUUUACUGGCAGCUGCUUUGUUAUAUUUGGAGCAGAACUAUAUCUGUAAAAUGGAAGUAUAUAGCACACGCAUAUGUUCCUCAGUGUGCGGAUAAAUCAACACAAAAUUUGAGGGCUUCCUCUGUGUUGAAUAAUGAGCUGUGAAGUGUGUGAAGUUGGCUGGCUGUCAAUGAGCAGAUGCUAAAACUCUGGUGCUGGCAGCAGAGGUGUCACUGUACUUUUACUUUUGGCACAGAUGAAACUACCUCAGUGGCACUCACCAAGUGGAGUUAAUUACACCAAUGAGAUGUGUCAUACUUAAACUAAUGGUGUUAUUAAAGACCAGAUGGACAAUGCCAGACUGUUAAACAUUGUAUGGUUACUUUUGUGUGACAUGGGUUUGUGUGCUUUUUUAUCAUCACUUCGAGUUUAUUCUUGUAAUGAUAUGUGAACAAAUCAGGUAGGUGUUUUAGAUUCAAAUUACUUUGGUGUAAGCAUUAUUAAAUGAUUUUCUACACUUUUGGGAUAAUUGACAAAUUGAUAAUUGGCACUUUCUAACUUACCCCCCUGUGGCUCAAAUUAUUCUUUCCUGAGGUUCAACAUACCCUUCGUGAGAGGCAAGUUGAUCCAAGACACAGCCGUCUUUUUAAAAGAGUUAUUACAGUGAUUAUUCUCAGGGUAUGCACCACAUCUUAAAAUAUGUCAGUCAAUUGUAGUUGGAGAUAUCAUUGUCACACCCUUAGUCAAACAAUGCAUCAAGGUACAAACAGCCUCAGAUCACCCUGCUUUCCUGAUAUGACCCCUAGAUCUGAUCCAGUUUAAAACCAUGGGACAUUAUGCACACGAGUACAGUUGAGACAGAUUUCUGAACAUGACAAUUUUCAUGUGGUGAUUUCAUAAAACAGGUAGACCACACACUUUUAGGUUUUAGUCUUUCUUUUCACCAUUAUUUAUUUAUUUAUUAGUUUUUUAAUCUAAUUUUUUAUCUUUUAUCUUCGGUGUUUCCUAAAGGUAGCUCUUUCCUCACGCAAUGUCUAGGUGCCAGGUCAUGUCUCUUUAACAAUAUAUCUUAAAUUCUCACUCUGUGUGCGCUUGUGUGUGUGCUUGUGUGUGUGUGUGUGUGUGUGUGUGUGUGUGGGUCCAUGGGUGGGAGUGUGGGUGGGAAGGUCAGGUUUUAUUGUCGUUUAAUUGUUGUUUGAGUCUCUGUGAGGCACUUUGAGCUAAAUUUUUUUGUCUGAAAAGUGCCAUACAAAUAAAGUUAAAUUUGAAUUUGAAUUUAGCAAUUCUUGUAAUUAGAAAUCUGGGACACUUGUGACAUGAUUAUCAGUUUUUAGUGUAACAAAAGCUUAAAUGUGUCCUCUCUAGGGUGCAAAACGAAUUAUAUACUGUCAAUUGCUGUAGAUAUAGUCAUAGAACAAAAAUAUAAAAGACCCAGAAUUGAGCCCUGCUGUAUCCCAAAUGGAAUGAUACAGCCAAUAAAUAACCUGCUGUGACUGUGAGCCUGUGGAUACCUACAGAGACAACAAACCAAAAUGUGGAAGUGUAAAGAACAACUGCGUGCUUUACAAAUACCUCCUACUGCAACAAAUGCAAACAUGCUGUGAAGACAGCCGAUGACUAUCACUGUCAGUUUAAAGGAGACAGGAAAAAAAAACAAGUUGUACAGGUGAGGAGGGGGAGAAAGUCUCUCUCUCUUUGGCCCUGAAGGGAGGACAGUUUGGUGGCUGUUGGAGUCUUGUAUAAACCAGGUUUACUGAUCUGUUGGUAGUGGCAGGAAGUGAGGUUUUGAUUUACAGGAAAGUACAGUGACAUUUACCUCAAUGAUUUAUGGGUAUUGUGUAAUAUUCAUCAGCUGUUUGUGAGUGAGUCAAGCACUGCUGUUAAGUUGUCAUAAUUACAUUUGGGCAGUGUCUAAUCCAAUUGUUUCCAACAGUUCACCAAACUUGAUUAUAACUCAGAGAGAAAUUUAAUGUUGGUCAUUUAAAAGGUCAGAAAAUAACUAUUAAAAAAAUAGAAAAUGUCAUCAGAUAAACAUUUGCAUCAGGUUAAUACACCACAGUGGAAACUUAAACCGGCAUGACAUUACAGCUUCUAUCAUAUUUAGGGCAUUGCUACAGGUGCAUGUAGGUAGUUUACAACUUAACCUUCGUGGUUAGGUAGCAAAACUCCAAACAGCAGGUCACCUGGGUUCAAAGUCUGCCCUAUGGGAGCUACAGCCCGAGGACUGAUCAUGGGUGCUGUGAAUGAGAGUGAUCUCCAUUUAGAAGCCAGGUGUGCCUUACUUAAAGAUUGUGCAAUAUGAGCAAAAGAUAACAUGCCCCUCACCCACCGCGGAGAAAUGUGGUGAACUCUACCAGACAGCAAGCAGGAUUACCCCGUCACUCAAGGUGGCCACACCCACAACCAGCAACUUAAAACAGGUUGCAUAUAAAAUUCCCCUUCACACAACUAGCAUAAGGAGAGAAAGAUUAACUGUAUCAGGCUGCAAACAUGUUUAUAUCUGCUUCAAACAUAGGAGUUUGAAAAUAAGGCCCAAUGAGGGUUUCUUGCAUUUUGUGUGACAUAUAAAGUCAAACAUUUAUCCUAAAGUAGAAGAAAACAAGGUUAGAAUAUCAUCAUCACCACCAGUGCUGUUGUCAUCAAAAUCACCUCUCGCACCAAACUGCCAAGUGGGGUGCAGAGUUGUUCACAAGGAGCUCGGUCAAAUGGGGUUUGAGAAUUAAUUAUAGAUGGGUCGCUCAUCCCACUUCUGAAUGCUGCUUCUAAAAUGUGUUUGUCUUCUGAAAAGGCUAGACCUUUGGCUUUUUCUUACAGGUGGGGGAAAAAAAACAACAGGAAGUGAAAUAUUCUUCCGGGAACGUGCUCAAGGAGAAUCUUUGUUGACACUCUUGAGGAAGUUUGCAUGUGUCAAAGUGUUGCACGUCUUUUCUGAGACACGCCCAAACCUAGCAGGGAGUGCAGAUAGAGAAGGUAAGAGUGGCAGCUCCCUGAGAAGAAGAGCUGGCUGGCUUAGAAAACUGAGACAUUCAUAAAGUAGAACAGAAGCAUGUCUUUGAGACAUGAUCAAUGGUAUGAAGCCUGACAAUGAGUGACACCUGUAGGCGUAGCCGCCUUGAAAAUUGUGACAUGUGUCAUUGAGUUCUGUUUGACAGAAGUACAGCAUACUUGCAUGAAUUAAAAUGCCUGGUUUGGUUCACUGAGGUGUGUUCUUCCUCUUCUUGCAAACUUAUUUAUGCUCUGAUCAUUGGAAUAAACAUCAUGAAGCUGUGAACGGCCUCUUCAGCUUUUCAUUAUUUUAGGUGCUAGUAGACAGGUUCAGUGACUCACAAACAACAGAGCUGGUCUGGUGGCUGUCACGUAUAAGCACAUGAGCUUACGUCUCCUCUGGCUCCCGAUACAUAAGCACGUUGUCCACUGACAAAAUCAGUGAGGCGGAGUUCCUCUGUAUGGUGAAGGUGGUGUGACUCACUCUGCAGAACACAUGGGUCAAAUGAAUAAUGUGACCUUUGAGGCUCCUCUCUGUUGGAGACACAGUGAUGAAUCAAACUGCUUCUUGGCCACGUUGGUGUUUUGUUCUGUCUGGGGUAACUCACAUCAUUAUGCAGAACAGCGUUCUUUGUUUUAUCACCUGCUAUCGGUUGAGUAUUUCAUCCCAAGUGAAACUCUAAGCUGCAUUGUCACGUGACUUGAACGUGUUCACUGCAACUUUUCAUCCCUAUGCAUGUCUUUCCCAGUAGACACAGCAGGUUAACAUAAAAACCACACCCAGACCGCACGCCUCGGGAGGAGGCCAGCGAGCUGCACGUUCCAGAUAAGAUCUGGCUCAGCUUUCGGUUAGCUUGCUGUCUUCUGUUUACAACAACCACUGCCACAUUAGUUUGAAACUUCAUUGUUGAUAUAAAGCUUUACAGAAAAGUAUGAAUUAAACAAGAGUAGUUUGGAGCCUAAGAGUCAAUGGUUGAUUAAUUUUGCACUGCAGCUGUAUUUUGCCACCCAGACUGGUGUUUGAACUGUGCAUGUACCCAAUCUAAUCUCUCAAUGUUUACCUUUUUCCCCAAGGGCCAACGGGUUUAUCUGUAGCUGUCAUCAACACAGCUGUGAUUGUAAUAAAACACUGGUCUUGGUUAAACCUACUUCUGCUUUUCUUGGUCAAAGGCUAUUCAGUAGAACAGUAAAUCUCUCUUUAUUGGGUUUUAGAUAAAUAGCCAGCAACUCAUUGUGGGAUAAAGUUAGCUUGGAUUUCUUAAUCAGUAAAAUGGUUACAAUUUUAGACAAUAACUACACAAUGUUAACAUGGAAGCAGUGAUGCAGUCUUAAUCAGUAGGUUAACAUGCACAGGUAAGGUCAUAGCAAUUUAUCUGGUCUACUGUCCUUGCCCUGAUUCCAUCCAUCCAUCCAUCCAUCCAUCCAUCCAUCCAUCCAGAACUAUUCAGCCCCUGUACGACCAAACUGAGAGCUGUGUCCUCAUGCUCGGCACAAAGUUAGACAUGGUCUUAGAGCAUGUUGGUCUUUGCCAGAGCUGCACCUUGUUGCUGAUUCUGUUUAAUUUACAUGGACUGGAUAGAAAAAGAAUUAUUGACUGAGGCACACCUUUGCUGUGGUAGAUGGCGAUGUCCCCCUUUCAGCUUGUUACUGUCAAGUUGUCUCUUGGUUGACAAAUUAUGUAUCAAAACUAAAGGCAAAAUACAUUACCAAGAGGCUAACAGGAUGUAUGUCGAAUGAUGAAAACCCCAUCACUUUUAUAGCCCUGCACCAUUUAUACGGUAGAAAAGUCUUUUCUUUGCCUGCCAAGGUUUUGUUUACUACGUAGCUUCAACAUUAGAGCUCAGCAUGUAAACCCUGGAGCAUGUGCAGAAAACGUGAGACAGUUUCAGUUUAUUUAAACCGUAUAGGUAUGUUAGUCCGACUAUGAGAGGUUCAAUUUAGUGCAUUUCAGUCAGACUAAUGUAUUGACAUGAUUUUUAAAGAGUCCAGUUUCAUACCGAGUGUGCCAUUUGGUUACAAAAUUAUUUAUAAGAAACUUUUUGGUAACACUUUAUUCAACGCCUAUCUCUAUAACACAUUAUAAAUAUUUAUAAUGCAUUAACAACAGUUGCAUUGCAUUAUCUAUGUGGGCAUUGUUAGUGAGUUGUUAACAGUAAUAACACAUUAUAAUACCUGACCUUGUAAGUCAUGAUAAAAUACUUUAUAAUGUGUUAUGAUUAUUGCUAUAAAGAAUUAUGAUCAUUUAUGAGUGUUUAUAACUAUAGUUAAACAGUGUUAUAACGUGAUUAUUACGCAUUAUACAUAUAUUUAUAAUGCGUUAUAGAGAAAGGCGUCAAAUAAAGUGUUACCAAAUUUCUAUAUCUAAAGUGGUUCACUUUUAAUUUGUCCACAUUUUCCCAUCAUAGAAUGCCAUAUUUGCACACCUUGUCCCUGCUAUACUUUUUGGUAUAUAUUUGUUAUAUAUUUUAAAUACAAUGGCUAUAAGCCUUCAUCAUCUCAAGUUCAAAUACUCAAACGCUCAGAAAUGUGAAUGUCUGAGUGUCAACAAUAAUACAUCACCUGUUAUCUUGUUGGAUGCCAGAUUAGAAGGAUGGACAUCUGUAACUGCUGUCCUGCCCUGUCUUUUGAUCUGUAACUCUCACAUGUAGCCGAGUUGUUCAACAUCGUGUACAUGCUGGAAAACUGACAAUACUGUCAUGCUUCACUGACGGCGCCUCCUGUACACUGUGCCCCUUGCUGUGCUGUGUUGUAUAACCACAUUGUUGUGUCUGAGUCUGCUAUCCAGAGCGUGGUGUGAAAGAAGGACACAAGAGAAACACACGUGAAAAAGCACUUCAGCACUACCAGCACCUUUCCUACUCAUGCCAGGCACUCUUUUUAAAUCAUCCCUGCCCGCUGUGUACAAUUCACACAGGCGGAGAGAGAGGGGGAGAUUAGUGAAGCAAGACAAAAAUAGAUGGCUGCACAGAACUGGUUUUAAUAGUAUCAUUACAUGCUUCCACCAGGGGAGACGUGCAGUGUCCUGUCUGAAGUAAAUAACAUCAAAAUCUGAAAAAUUGAAGCACUUUUUGAAAUCAAACAAUUUAGGCUGGCAAAAGAACAGUUUUUAGAGGCAGUAAGAAAAAUACAGGUGUCAGGUUUCAAUUACCUUGGUCCAGAACUUUGAUGAGGUGACUAUUACACUUGGCACCGUGACAAGAAGCGGAAGCUGCUGCAGAAUAAGUUCAACCCGUUCAAUGAUUGACAAGUUUAAGCUCAUGUGAGGGUUUUCUGACAUUUAUGAGUUAGCCUGUAAUCCAUGUUGUUGCCUUUUUGUGAUAAACAAAAGCAAACAGGACCGUCCAAGACCAGAUCAAUAUUUUUAAAUGCUUGAACCUGGUGUCAGGGUGUAGGUGUUGGUAGAUCCCCUGAAUAAAAAGCUCUGCUUUUAUAUUUUCCACUGUGGAUAUGAAAAAAAGAUACAUUUAAUACCCAUCAGUCCGCAGGAUGAGUUUUUUUUGUCAGAAGCCAUUACUUAAAGGGAUAUUCCAGUGUAAAAUUAAUAUAGGGUCAAACACACCGUAGCACCGAGUUAGACACCCCCUUGAGGGAUGAAUCUUGCCGACCGCUUGCUUCUCUAGUUAUACCAACUUUAGUAACGACCACAGGAUAGCAAUAUACAGCGGUCUAAGGAGCCAACACGCACACCUCAACCAAAAAGCCACUCUAUCACCACAAAUAAUGCUCAGAACAGCACCGAACUUCAUCAACAGUAUUUAUAGGGUCCCAGCCACAGCACUAGCCACCGAACAUCUUUUUAACUUUGCCAAAUUUCUUUAGCAAAGAGACUAAACACAACUCAACUACUCUCUUCCAGCAGCCGUUUGUUUGGAGGAAGACCUCAGAUGAGUCUAUCACUGACUACAGCAGGGUGACGCAACUCAAGGAAUGAACAUAUAUGAUCAUUUAACUUGGUGUUACGGUGUGCUUGACUAUGAAUUAAUUUUACGCCAGAAUAUCCCUUUAAGCAUGUAGAGGACAGCUAAACAACUGACUGUUUUGUCCACAGAGGCGCCACAACUGAUACAAACCAAAGGCUCCUCAUGUUCAUGGGACCUUUAACCAAAGAGCAGCUAUGGCAUAAACUGGAACCCCUGUAGACAUGAGACACUGAUGUCCAGUCUUCUCAAUCUGUUAAAGUAUGAUGUUUGUUUUGUGUAGUUAAGUGCCGCACAUAAAAACCAAAUCUGUAAAUUUGCAUGUCUAUACACGUGUGUAGACUUCGAAUUACAUCAGAUUCAGGCAGGUUGAUUACUAGUGACUGAUACAUCAUGACUUAUUCAACAGCAGCAGACUUACCCACCCAGCUACAGGCUUUGCUGUCAGAACAGCCAUAAACAUCGUUGAGCUCAACAGGUUGUACAAACUCUCCUGUGUUAUGAACUUUUCAAUUUGUAUUCAAAACGAAAAGUUAAUUAAUAACUCAUGAACCCACUCCAUGUAUUUGGCUGAUAUGAAGCCCCAGGAGAUUUUAUGCAAAUGUAAAACUGAAGGGCAAAGUGUUACUCAUAACAGUAUCACACUGUACACACCUACACAGUGUCCCAUUAGGCUUGAUCAUCAGGUUAACAUGCUGAUCUUCUCAUGCACUGUGGCAUAGGGGGAGACAACAGUGGGAUUGAGAAUAAGUUCCUGCGAUUAUGGCACUGUGGAGCUACUGUGGGAGAUGUGGAGUGGUGCAAUAUGCCUGCAAGACAGAGAAAUGGGAACUGAUGCGAGUGACAAGUAGCACCUCUGCGAGUGUGUGUGUGUGUGUGUGUGUGUGUGUGUGUGUGUGUGUGUACGUGAGUAGUAAUGUGUGUGCAACGUGUGAUGAUGUGCAUGUGCCUGUGGAUGAAGAGUACCGUCAGCGGGAAACGUGGUGUGUGACUCAUUUCACGGAGACGUCAUUGCUUCGUCAUCAGUCGUCUUUUACAGGGGCACACACACACACACACACACACACACACACACACACACACACAGAAACACACCCGUAGUCUCUCAAAGGACUCCUCUCACAGUUAAUCACCGGCAGACUCCUGUCAACAUCCUCCUGAACAAUCACAAUCAGACGUGCUGUGAUUAAGCUUCAGGGAUUCAAAAAGUAGAUCUCAUUAUAAAUAAAACAAUGAGAUGAUUUACAGCACUGAUGGGAUUAUUUGCAUCGCGACAAUGUUUCAUAUUGUUGUUCCAGAUGGUGACAGGCGAUGCAAGAGCUCAUUAUCUGUGCGAGACAGACAGUCAGUAUAGGGAGAGGAAAAAAGCAGCCUGUGUUUGCUUUUAAAGAUCUCUGUGAUGAGUUUGACCUCUGCCAUCGCCAACGGCUCUGGUCAAGUAAAGUCAAGCCCUUCCUCCUUAGAAAUGUGGCUCUUUGACUCGUGAUUGAUGCUCCAGGUCUCACAACCGUGCGCAGACAUCCAAGGGAGACUAAAGGACUGUGCCCAUGGCUCUGCUACAUUUGCUUUACUCAGGCUGCUCCUCUGUGACAAGAUGACUAAUAAAUCAGCGGCGCAGUUUGCUACUGUUGAUUCACAGGCUGCACAGGGACACAGAGAGGCUUCUGCUGACGAAAGGUUAGAUAACAGACACACAAUCAUUAAAGUAGCCAUAUUUCUCAUGGACAGGGAUAUGACGGAAGGUUGGCGGUGAACACUAAUGUCGGGAUUUUUUGAUGUACCUACGCCGCACAACUUCAUAGACAAGCCAACAUGUUAAAGAAUGUAUUUGAUUGUGAAUAAUAGGUGCAGCUGCUUUCAUUUCAUCAUCAAGCAUGUGAUCACUGCUGUCUGUUUGUUGUACACUCAAUGCUCACAAUAAUACCUGGGAAUAGAUGACAUUUUCUCAUUGGGAGUUAUCUGGUUUUAGCACACGUGUGUGUAUGUGUGUGUGUGUGACAGCUAAGACUUGGGAGGGAAAUUAAUUUCAGAUUGAAAUCUCUUUAUGACAUUUAUUUUCCUAAUCUGAAUGUCAGACAUACAGCAAGGAGCAGCUUGUUGUCGCAGUUACGUGAAUGUCCAUGGCUGUGUAACCACAGAGAGACGCAAACAUCAGCUUCAGUGAAUAACAAUGAGUGUAUCAGACAUCUUUCAUAGACAAAUCACACUUAGAGGGGGAAAAAAAAACAAUCUUUGAUCUGAAUGCAAAUUAAUUUUCUCAUCCGAACAGAGAGCUUGAAACACUCUCCCAACAUUUGUGGAUUCAAACGUCCAGUAAAGAAAGCAGAGGUUUGUGUGAAGUACAGCAGUAAUGGAGGUGAGGACUUUCAUCUUUUCAAAGUAAAGAUUUUUGGCUCCUAGCUGAGGAUUUCACGUAACUUUGAAAGCUUUGAAGUUGCCGAGUGAAAUCCAAAACUGGAGAAGAUUUGUUUGGUCUUUAUUCCGUAGACGAAACGUCUGUACGGAGAAAGAAUCGAGUGUCACUGCUUUUAGUCACAGCUUCACAUUUACUUAGCUGAGAAUCCGCUGAGAGUGAACCUCAGGGGAAAUUGCCUGUUGACCUCACAGUGCACACCUCUGACGUGUCUACCUGUUGGUAUUGAUUGAUUAUGGAUUAAGAGUCAAUCCUUGAAUAAGAAAGGCUUCCAACAACACAGGCUGAUAUCCCCGAUAAUGACCUCUGGUGUUAUAUUUCUCUCUCUGACGGAUUGCUCCUUCAUCCACCUGAGUGUAGGCCAAAAGCUUUGAACCUUUAAGAGACCAAACCUGCAAAGGGAUUUCAGAUACUUGCAUAGGGUACAAACUAAAACCUGUCCUGGUCACCUAUAAUUCAGAGUGAAGCUUGUGUUUGUAAAAAUAAUAGAAAUAAAAACUGUGAACUUCCCAUUUUCAUUUACUCGCACAUUCAUUCAUUCAUUUAUUCAGUGGUUAUAGCCGGAGCUCUCAUCAGACAUCAGCUUAUAAAUAAGUCUGGCAUGAGACAUGAAAGAUUUGAUUUAAAACAAGCUUGAUGUGAUAUCCAUCUCCAUGAUUGAUCACUCUUUGUGUUUCUUUAAUUAUGGGUUGUGUGCAGCAGCCUGAGGAUUUAUUGUUUUAGUGAGCUUAAUGGAGUAAUAUUUCUCUUAAUAGGAAUGACCUUAUUUUUCAUAGGAGGAACAUUUUUUGUGCUGAAACACAAAAAUGUUUCUGUACGAGUUUAGAUGAAAAACUUUGAAGAUUUGAGCCCCUUUUGGCUGCUUUUAGCAAACUGGUUUGGGUCAGCAGUUGCACAUCGCCUGUAUGGUUACAGCUCUUGAGGGAUAGUUUCUGAAAAAUUCUUCAGGUGCAGAGUGACCUAGUAGAAAGACAAAGCAAAUAUUUGGUGGGGCAAGUCAUAAGGUGUGUUCAGGCUUCACAUGAUUCAUUUUUUUAACCGCUGAGAGGUUCAGAUUUACAGUGGGUAUAGUCAUGGAUGAUGGAAAGAAGACAUGAGGCAACAUAUGUGGGUCAAAAAGUUUGAAUUUUGGGAACAAAUUUCCAUGAUGCCUUGCUGCAAGAGCAAAACAUCCUUCAGAUUUCCAAACUUUCCAUGAAACAUCAGAAAUGAUCAGUCUCACGUCACUGAACAAGCGUUUUCUUCAUUGUUUUCUCAUCCUUUUGUGGGCAAACCUGAGAAAAAUCACAUAUUUACUUUUGUUAAAUUUACAUCUUGAAAUUCUGUUUCAACAAAGUUUUGACCUGCCUGCAAUUCAAAGGCAGGAAAACCUCUUUCUUCACACAGGCUACCACUGAUACAUCUUUAGUGCUGAUAUUUUGCUUUAAGUUUGAUCAAGUUUGAUUUAUUAUGAGUAACUGAAGGAAAUCUACUUUACAAAAAGCUGAGGAUAUGUUUUUCUCAGUGUUAAAGCCUUGGAAUUGUGUCAGCUUUGGCGCCCCCUGUGGGCAAAACAGUCUGUGCGUAUCUUUUCCUCUACAUGCUUAAAGUCCCACUCCGAUAAUUUUUUUAUUUACCACUAAAAGUGUUGAGAGUGGUCUUUAAAUUGUGAUUACAAAGUUUUUAGCCAAAAUCAUGUUACCUGCGUCAUUUUAAAGGCCUUUUCUUCUGCAGAGCUCCAGUAGAUCAUUUGAAAUUCACCUCUGAGUCGUGGGCGGAGACAGCGCUGCUCUGUACACUUCUCUUCAUGCUAGCUUGCAGCCUAACAUUGCUGGUGUUGUAGAAGAAGCAGGGAAUGUAGAAGCUAUUCAGCUCUCGGACACUAAUGUCUUUAGGGACAUGAUGUAAGUUAAUAUCAUAAUUAGCUUUCCUACGAGCAUUGCAAUCCACUACCGCACACGCUUGUUCUGCGAUUGUCCUCCCUAUUUCUCAGUCUGGCUUGCACAGCGGGGCCCCGGAGGCGGAGCUUGGAUUUGUGACAUAGGAAAUCUUACUGUGCCUGAGCCUGCCGUCUGGGUCUGCCAGAGAUUCACAGCGAGAAAUACUCAGAAAUUAAAUUUCACAUUUUUUUUACAUGAUAUGUCCUGUAGCAUCAGAGAAAUGCCAUAUGAACAUGUAAAAAACAAGAAAAACAUGACUUUCAUCAGAGUGGGUCUUUAAGUAUUGUCUUUUGACAACAAAUUUGAUAUUGCUUACUUCUGACUAUGAGAUGUAUCAGUCAUGCUGAAUAUUGUACGUGAAAACAGAGCUUUUUCUUCAGUUGAUUGGCUGACACCUAUAAAUGCCGCUUACACUAGGCUCUGGUGCUGUCAUUCAACCUUACAGAUGGAGACCUCAGUACUAUACUUCUUACUGCAAAGCUGGUUUGAUUGAGCUGUGUAACCAAAGGGUGUCUUUAAAAUUUUUACUGGCAACAACAUGACCACGGUUCUGAACAUCCACUCUGUGCCCUGCAGGUAGUCCACAGCUGAGAUUGGAUUCAGUUUAACAAGCUAAAGGAAGUCUGCAGUAGAUUAUACAGGGACUAUUGAGGAGCUCAACAGCCAGGAUGUAGGCAGCAGCUCCCCUUGAUCCCUGCUAGCACAAGCUCAUUGCUGGAGGAGGAAAUAAAAACAAAAAGGAUAGGAAAGCACAUGCCAAGGCAGCAGCUGAAAAGUGUCAUGUGGGUCACUGGUGAUUAGCACUGCACCAGCGUGCGGCUUCAAGCUCAACCAAUGGGUUUCUUUUUUAGAUUUCUGGGUAGUAAUGGGAAGCUGUUAUGCUGUGAAUGAGCCGGUACAGCAGCAGGCAAGGAAAAAACAGCUGUGACGUCUCACCAAUGCCAGGAUUAAAGCUAAGCUCCUUUGCACGACUGUAUUUGUGCUCUGUGUCCAUCUAAGAGUCAAAACAGACAGGAUUGAACAACAGAAGCAACAGACCUGUUUUCACCGCUGAGAAAAAAUAAACAACCUCAUAAAUCCUCUUGGAUUUUGUAUCAACACACAAGCUGCUCACCAGAUUUAUUACGCUAUAUUAGAGCUCUAUCUGAGGUUGUAACCAUGGAAACCAGCGAGAGGUACAUCACUGGCCUUUCCAUCAUUCCAAACUGAGAGCAUGACGUUAAAGUGACCACUGUUUUCCCUCUGAGGGUGAUUUUCCUUUCAUUCAAAGCUGUGAGGGGCCUGCCCGACUGAUAACAGGGUGAGUCAGAGACACUAUCAUGCACCUUAAUGAGGAAGUUUGCUAAGCCACGACGUGUGUGUGUGUCAAAUUUGGCCUUUUGUAUGCGCAUAACUGACUGAUACAAGGGGGGAAAAGCCUGUUGUCCUUAUCACAUCACUAAAAUCAACAAAGACAGAGAGUGAACAAUCUUGUUUUCAUAUGAUCUUUUUAUAGUCGCAAUAUGACAACUACGUCACACUGACAUCAGACCAAAAAAAACAUACUGCUGGAUGAGUGAGCGUCUGAAUCAGAGGUCAAAAUACAUAUUUAUAAGAAAUAUACCCCUAGUGAUGCAACCAUUUCAAGUGUCCUCUUCUACUAAAGGUGGUUUGAUGAAUCCAGCGUUAAGGAAAGUUCCCCUUAGCAUUCCCUUAGAUCCUACUCUGCAGUUCAGGCACUGACAACAGAGCUCAUGAGUGCAUCUCUAAGUUCCUCACUACCAGCCACUGCUACUCACACACACUGUUUGCUGUAAGAAGUGUGUGAACUGCAGAGAAAGAGAACUGAGUGAGGACUGAAGUCACACAAAUAUUCCUGCAGGAGUUUGGUUCACUUUGUCAAACUUUACUUUGAAUUAAAAUGUUCAUUUAACUGCAAACUAACAAUUAUGCAGGGAAUCUUAAAACCUUUUCUAACUGGCCAAAUAGGAAUUAUUACAAAUAAGCAGAAAUACAUAGAAAAAAAGAGAUAUUAAUGGUGACAUUAGGUAUGUAAGUGCAAAUGGAGUUACCUCAAACCCAGCCGAGUCCAUUACUGGCCUCUGACAAAUAUUCCCGGAUGUGUUUGUGAGAAUAUUUAUCAGGCGUGACCAAACACUUGUCUGUUUAUGACUUGCCAGCAGAUUCCUGUAAUUGUGUGCAGAGAAAGUUUGUGUACCUGAGUCAGCCACUUACCUGAGGGUGUCUCCGAACUUUCUCAGCUUUUGAGCUUACAGUCCUGAUCUUGUCUGCCCUCCUACCACAUACUGGAAAAUCUUAGUGUGUGUUUUUCCUGAGCUGCUUCCUGGUUUGGGUCAGGAAAUAUGUAUAUACUGUGACUUAUACCUUAUGAUUGCUGUGUAACAACAUCUAUUUCUGGCUAAUGGCACCUUAAAAGUGCUUAAAAGAGAUCCUGCUUGAGUGAUAAAUGUAGGUGCAGCCAGGAGCAGGCAGGGAGUCUGUCUCUGCAGCUCAGCCACUGCGGGGAACUGAUCCCUGCAGUGGCCAGUUCAGGUUUCACUGGGAUCUUACUGGGACCUCACCCUGUUGAUCAGCCUCUACUUCCUGUUUGCACUCAUCAGACCCUGGGGACCCACUGGCUGAAGUCAGCGUGGCGCUGAUCACCAUGACACCUUACAGAUCUUUCAGCACACGGUUUACUCAGAUUACGCUUACAAGUCAUAAGGACUUUGGUUUAAUCCCAUGAUGGUGACAAAGAAAGCCAAGUGCAUUGAUUGACAUUGACGUCAUAAAACUGUAUCACUAAUACAUCACCUGUUGAACCUUGCAUGUUAGUAAUUCCUUUCCAAUCCGUGUGAAAAACAGUACAUGUGUGUGUGAGAGUGUGAGUCGGAUAUCAUUUCAGAUUUCGUUAAUUUUGCAGUGACACACUUUAUUUGAGACUACAGCAGCCGUCUCCUGGAUCAAUGAAAUGACUCAUCACUUGUCAUUUAAUGGAUCCUGAUCUGCAUGAGUCAUGAGCAGUGAAGCAUGUUUCCUCUGGAUGAAAGAAAAUAAAAAUCAAUACGAAGAUAUAUUUCUUAUUUUGCUUUAGCAAUUUUGAUAUGAUUUUAAACACUUUGUCCCCUCUUCAUCAUCUCAAAUGAUUUAUAUUACAGUAGUAACUUUAGUGUAAAGUAAUGCUGAAUUCAUUUUGUAUUUAUUUUCGGUUUUGUUUGCCUGUGUUAACCCUCUUCUGUUUUAUUGAGUGUUUGCAUUCUGGGUGUGUUACUCAUAUUUAUAUAGAGCCCUUAAAAGGCAGUGAGUGAGAUGUAUUUUAUACGAUACUUAUAAUCCCACAGUGCAUUUUAAUGAUCUAGAAACUUAGCGUCUAUGAAUGAUGACUCAUACUGAUUAAUAUUUGUCAUCUAUACUCACAGCUUAUUUGAGUUUGCAUGACUUGAAUACUGAACCGAAGUAUAAAACUGAAGUGAACUUUACCAGAGUACUUUUUGUGUGUCAGCACCAUAGACUGUAUAUAGAAUGGACGCCGUCUACCUCCUCGCUGGGUGAAGCCACUCCGAGAACAGCACCCUCCUGUGACAGGCUGCAGUAUAGGCCAUAAAUCCCGCCUCCGCCAGCAAAGCUUAUGGAGCUGUGGACAAACUUUAGAAAUUUAUUACACAGAACAUACAUUUUUUCUCCCCCCUGCUUGUGAUGUUGACAUGUAGUUAUUGUAAGAUUGGUUUGUGUUCAAGUCCUCUUUUUUCUGUGAAGCUCCGUUUUUAAAAGUUAUUAGGGGGUUCAUGUUUUCUAUGAUUGACACCUGAUACAGCCUAUGGGAGUUCAGGGAUUGCGUAGCUCUCCCAGAGGACACGCUGUUUGAGCUGAGCGUCAUCACAGCGACUCUCUGCAACUGCGCGGCCGAAUGCGCGGAUUGCUACUGCGCAGUGCUGGUUUCAGGAAAUGAAGAAAAAUCUCGGAAAUAUGGAGAGCUUUUUGGCUUCAAAUCUGUAUACAGGCAGUAGGCGGAACCAAGUUGUCCAUAGUAUAUACAGUCUAUGGUCAGCACUGAAUGCUGCAUGAAGAUAGUCUCACAAGUCCAGUCAAUACCCCCCUGGAUCAAGAAAUAUUGCCCUCUUUAGACCUCCACAUUAACCUGAGAGAUGAAAACAUUCACUAAUCCAUGAAUGAAGAAUUCACAAUCAAAACAUGCAAUUCAAUGACAAAAUCUAUUCCCAUGUUUUGCCAUGUAUUAGCGACAUUAAUAUGAUGCCACUCACUCAAAUAUGGGGGUGUUACACUAAUACAGUAAAAACUCAGAAUGGGUUACUGCACCUGCUCUAAUGAAAAAUCAUACCCGCUUUGUGUCAAGGUCUUAUGUGAACUGGAAUAACUUUGUUUGCUCUAAAACAUCCGGAUUGUCUUCACAGUGGGUCCAGAGGUGAAUCCACUCAAGUCCGAUAAUCUGAAGCCAAGCACGGUCCAAGCGCAGUGGGCAGGACACUGUGUAUAUUGUUGUUAUACUCAGUGUACUCUUACAUAAUGCACUGCCUUCAGAAUGUUGUGUAAUACUUUUAGAUAAGGGUAUAGAGGGCUAACCAACAGCUACAGUAUAUUAUUGCACAAACUACGCACAGAUCACUUGGUCAUGGUGGUGAGUUCCUACAACCCCAGAGACACACAUGAUAUUUUCAGAAAAGAGGAGCUCCAUCUGUGACGUUCAGAAGAAAAAGACAUGUUUUCUAAAGACUAGCAUGACCCUGUGCAACCCCAGCCAUGUGUUGUGUGUGCUUCAUAAAUGAAUCAACUGCGUGCCUCUCUGCUGCUCUGUUACACAACUCACCUCCCGUGAACAUGCAGCUGUCUGCAAAAACAAGACAGCGGGACUUGUUGAAAAUAAGUCUCUUUAAAGACCAGGACCUAAUUCAUCACUACCAUGAUAGUCAACUUUUGUAGAAGUCAUGUCCUUAGGAGACAGUCCGGUAAUUUUUAGUGAGUUAAGCAGGGGUGUACUGUACACACACAAAUACAAAAUUAAUGUUAUUACUUAUGUACUAUCAAUAUUAAAAUAUUUUUGAAUGCUUUCUCCACUGUCACGACAUUCAAGUGUUCCCAUCUGCAGCGCAUGGAUCAACUGUUUGGGUCUUUGAGAGCAUUAGAGCACAGACAGAAAGAACAGGGCGUAACAGUCUGACAGAGAGAAAAGAGAAACUUCUGUGCUAACUGGAGAGCAGAGAGACGCCAAGUGACCUGGUGAUACAGAUUAAAUUUACAGAAUUAGUGCUGUCACGAGAGGGACUUGAUAACCAACUGGAGGAUACCAGCAGCUCACAUAAGUCUGCAGUCUGCAUCAGUUACCUUCACUACUCUAUGAAAACUAUGCCACCGUUUUACCUCCUGCUUUCAACAUUCUGAAAUUAAAUCUGAAGAUCACAAAAGCCAAAUAAAAGUAAUAAUAAUGAUAAUAGAUUUUAUUUGUAACGCACUUUACAUUUGAAAACAAAUCUCAAAGUGCACAACGAAAACAGAAAAAGUCCUGUGUCAGUCUAAAAAUCGGUUGUUGUGUAAAAUGAUGUCAAAUGUAGAUGGAAAACUAUCAAAAGUCACAACAUAACAAUGACUGUGAGGAGGUCUUUAAAAGAUGUUUCUUCGUUUUCCAUGUGCACUUUAAAAAAUUUUUUUUUUACAUUAUUAUAAACAAAUGUGAACAUAAUAUUAUGUGAAAAUAAAUGAAAAUAAGAAACUUGCAGAUUUUUUUUAGAUUGAAUUUAAAGCUCCUGUGAGGAACUUUUGGUCUGUGUUGAACAAAGUGGUCUUUGCUGGUUCUGUAAUUACCAUUUCCUGACAAAAACACUCUUCUUUUUUCUUUUAACAGUGAAACAGAUAACAUUUUAAGAAUUAUUGCUGUUUAUUAUCUAAAAUGGGGUUAGCAUGCAGCUAUGGUCUGGUCUACCCUCCACUAAUGGUCUCAGAAUUAAAAAAAUAUAACCUCAUAGAAACAGUCCUGUGUCACAACCAGCUUCAAACUCCUCACAGUAGCUUUAAUCAACUUCUCUAUAUUUACUUCACCAUUUCAUUCAUUUCUCAUGUCUUUGCAGUUGUACAGUUAGCUGAUAAUGGUCCAUUGUCUGCCAUGUGGUCACAGGAGCCAGAUGAUUGAACACUAAAUUAAUUUUCCUCCUGAGUGACUCUUAAGCUGAAGCUGCUCACAGCUCACAGGGUUCAUAUCAGUCUCAGACUUGUGUGCUUAAAUAAGUUGAGGUUGUUGAGACGAUUUUAAUGGUGUGUGAGAUGUUACACAAUGACGUCUGAUCCUGAGUUUAUAUACAGCAGACAUCAAAGCUUUAAAAUAAGACAAAUAAUCGUUAACACACACUUUGCCUUUUAUCUUCUUCUCUGAUCCUUUAUUUUCACCAUUAUUCCCAGACUAAUUAACUUUUUAUUUAUUUGCAUGUGAUUGAAAUACUUGAGAUGAUGCCAUGACCCUAACCUGAGGCAUUCAGGGGAUGAAAACCAUGUUUCUAUAAAUCCUUAAAAGUUUCCUGAUGGAAGUUUUUAUUUUUCCACCUUUGAUUAAACUGGAAAAUCUGUUUAACUGAGUCAUUGCAAAGGAAACUUUUCGGUUCAAGGCUGAUAAACCACAAUAAAUAUCUACUUUUCUGAGCCUGAGAAUGAGUUCUAACGCUCUCAUGUUGAACAUGAAAAAAUAAACGUGUUAAUUUUUUUUCUUAUAUGACUGAAAUUACAUUUUACAUUGCAAGUUAUAUUGUUUUGUUUAGACAGAAACAGGGAAUCAUGUCAACUAGUACCAUCAAAUGUACACCACACUGCAUAUACAAUACCCCAAAGAGAGGAGGCAUGAUGCUUAUUUUUUUGGCUCAAUAUUGUCCCUGAUAGCUUUUCAGCAGAUUUACCUGGUUUAGAGAGAUGCUUUAUUUACAGCAUUCUGGAAGCCUCCUUCACUGUUGCCAUCCAACUAGGUUGUGUUUCUUUUAGUAAAAUGACAAAUUUGUCCUUUUAAGGAGAUUCACUGUUUGGUGAUGUCAUAAUUCAAGCAAGUCUCACGUUAAUCUCGCUGUAUUUCUGCAUGACUUAAUUUGUACAAGCCAUCCAGAGCGCCCUGUAGUUCCAUCUGGGGAUUACUUCAAGUUAUGUUCACCAUGCAAUCUGAAACGUUGCUCAUGUAUAGUACAUUCACUCAUAUACACUUAUACAGAGUCAUGUAUGAUGUAACUUUGAAUAAACAUGAUAUUUCAGACUACCAUACACUGAUCACAGUGAGCAGAGAAGAAAGGUCACUAGUUGGUCCUGCAUCUGCAUCAGGAUAAACUUUUAGAUGUCUGAAGAGUUUCCAGGGUUUAAGGUGUAAGUUUGUGUUAAAAUACAUGACUGUGUUUGUAUCUUUGUUUCCAUGCAGAGACCCUGAUAUUCCAGCCUGGGCUCCUUUACUCUACCAGCUGCAGCUGCUGGACAUCAGAGAAAAACCAGACCCAUUCACCCUGCCCAUCGCUGAUCGUAUUCGCAUCGGCAACCAGAAACGAGAGCGGGGAAACUUUCAUUUCCAGAGGGAGGAAUACAGCAUGGCUGCCAGAGCCUACUGCAUGGCUUUAGAUGUGCUAACCACUCACAAUAGAGGUAACUCAGCAUCAUAUCCUGAAUUUAUUCAUAGGAAAUAUUUCCACACUGCAUCAUUUACCAGAAAUGUGUUCUUGGAGAAGAUGUGAGCAUUAUUUUCUUUGGGGGAGAAGAAAAUGGAAACAGUGCAGAGAAAUGCAAACGCACAUGCGUCAGAAGUCUAAAACACAGCAUCAGAUAGAGACUCAGACACACAUUUUCACACCAAUAUAAGCCCACUGUGACAUAACAGUUCAGUGCUCCCCUCCAGUCUGCCGGCACACUAAUCGCAAAGUCACCAUGCAGAGACACUUCUCGCUGAGCAGAGUGCCCUCAUUAAUGUUUGUGCUUGAUUCUUUUGCAUAUUUAAAGCUAAUCAACUUUCAUAUGAUUUCUACCUUCUUAAUCACUCCAAUCAUUGACGAGGCAGGGUGAGUCCAUGAGGAAAAUGUGCCUGAACAAGUCAGUGAGGAGAGAAACAUGAACUGCUUCAUAAUGUGUCAAUGAUGAACAACCAGAGGGUGAACUUGUGAUGGAUCUAAAAAAAUGAGUUCAUCAGGGCAUUGAGAUCGUGCAAUUAGUGUUUGAGAAGGCAACAAAUAAUAAUGAGAGACACCAACAUCUUUGCAAAAACAAUUCAUGACAAAAGGAGAUAAUAAAAUAAUUGCAAUCGAUGAAUGGUUGAACAUGCGCAGAAAUUAAUAUCCAAAAGUUAUUUUUAAAGCAGAACUGAGAAUUUUACUUGAAGUGGUCAUAGAGCAAUUGAUCACAUCUGAGAAGACGUUAAAUUCCCUCCUGAGCCUACUCUUGGAGUUGGUAGAGACCAGAAAAGAUCAGUGUCUCCUAGAAGUAUAAGCAGACGACUACAUGCUAACCAAUAACCAUAGAGGUAGAAAAUAUGAACUGGAAAUCAGUUUACGUGAUCAAACUUUAGGUGGCUGAGUCCAACCCUAAAUCUGAGUUGUGAGGUGUAAAAGAAAUAAACAAACCCCAAAAGAUAUAGGCUGUGUCCGAAAUGAAUCACUCAAUCCCUAACCCCUAACCCCAUAUUUUUCACUAUAUAGCUGACUAUGUAGUGAGCUCAAUCACCGGAAGUUUCUGACACUACAUGGCGCACCUCCAUCUUUGAAUUGUCGCUGGAGACGCAAUGCAUGACGGGAUGCCCACCACCGGUGAGUGACCAUUGGAUGGUCACUACAUUUUGCAAUGCUCUAUGGGAAAUUUUGAGUUGCCUAUAUGGGGCGUUGGAAUUGAUCACUCAGGUUUCAGACACCCCUCAAAAUGGCGCUAACCUCCAUAUAGUCGCCUAUACAAGGGGUUAGGGAUCCAUUUAGGACACAGCCAUUGUCUUUGGCUCUACUAUUCGUUGCCCUCAGUGCUUUGGGCCAAAUCUCUAAAUUUCUUAGUGCCAGGGUCACUGGUUGCCUAAUUUGUGUCUUAUCAUUAAAACAUGCAGACUUUACAGCAGUAUUUGACUUAAUGGAUGAAAAAGAGAACAUGAUCUAUCAUUAUGAUGAAACCAAAUGUAAGUUUCUCUCAAAAAGCAGUAGACUUGUCUAAGAGUGUAUCACUCCUCUCUGACGACUCCUCUCUCUGUGUACAUUUUUGUGUUUUGAAUCGUGUAAACUCAGUUUCACUGUAUUAGAGGUUGUGUCUUUUCGUCCAUCGUACAGUUGGAAGUGAUGUUACUGUAAAGGCAGGGGAGGAGGAGGAGGUGAAAGACUACCGGGUGAAGUGUUUGAACAAUCUGGCCACAUCUCAGCUCAAACUGGAGCAGUACGAUGAAGCUUUGCACACCAGCCGGGAUGUUCUGGCCCUCGAAUCUGACAAUGUCAGAGCCCUUUUCAGGACUGGGAAGGUGAGUGCCCAUCCUGCCUUGUGCUACAUGAAGAAAACAGUACUUAUCAAUAAGUGAAAGAUUUUUUCGUAGGAUGAAAUCUAACUUUUAUCCUCUAAACACACCAGCAGAAUGUAUGUUAUCUGUACACAGCCUGUUCUGAGUAAUGGGUCCUGCAGCUCUGCUCACAUAGAUGAUUUUCUCUCACAGCUCCUGUCAGACAGAGGUGAAUACAAAGAGGCCAUGGAGGUGCUAAAAAGAGCCUUGAAACUGGAGCCAACCACCAAGGUGAGAUAAUGUGAAUAAGCUGAUCCUUCCUCUCACCAUGUUUUUUUAAGUCCACCCGAGAAAUCAAUCCAUCACUUACACGCAGAGAAGAGAUCAAUCUGAAGUGUACAGACUAUGGAAGUAAAUGAAAGUAGGUUAGACAUUUGCUGUUUUUUUCUUUUUAGUAAGAAGUUUUAUACUGGAUUUCUUUAUGCCAAAAAGUUGGUGUUCAGACUGACAAUAAUAGAGCACCAAAAUGAAUGUCAAUAAAACACUGGCCCAUCUAGAGUUUUGUGUAUAAUUCAGCACCGACCAAGUGGUAAAGAUAUUGACAUUUGUGAGUCAAAGAUGCUAACCAGCUAAUCCAAAUAGAAGAUUUAUUGAAUAGUCCCAGUCUGUGUAUGUUUUGAUAAUUUCAUAACUUUCUUGGAAACAGUAUUUUAUCAAAUCCCCACCCACUUUCUAAUGAAAUCUUUAUCUGGAACACAAACUUUCUUUUGUUGCACUGGAUAGUGGAGAACACAUGGCCUUCUCAAAAACACGAUUUACAUCUUAUCUCAUCUUCAUCCACCCUUCAAUCUCUCAAUAUACUUUGUUUAUUGUAUCUCUACAGUUACAGGAAAAGACUUCUGCUAAAGUGUGAGCAGCACCUCCUCCCCUUCAUGUGCAAAAUGAAAGUGUAGAGAAUUCAAAACCACAUUUGUUCACACAUUACCGAGAAGAAAAGAGACGCCUUGCUGGGAUCCCACUGAGCUACUUCUGUUCAGGGCCUGUUCUGUCUUGUUUGUGUGGUUCGUCUAAUCUGCCAAAUCCUCCACAGAGGAUCUGGCAAACUGCACAUCUGGCAGUCUGUCGAUGUGACCACACUGCAGUGAGAGGUCCGGCAAAGAUGGUAAAAAUAACAUUUGUGUGAGCCGAGAAUUGCGACUCUAAAAGCUUGGCGCUCCAAAAGUAGUAAACUAAAGGUAAGAGAAGCCAAAGUCGGCCUCAAAGCGAAUUUGAAAAACAACUCCUUUUUUUUUGUUGUUGAUUAAGACAAACACUGAGACAAAAAUCUCUUACUUUGAGCUCAAUGCAGGCUGAGUUUCUUAACUCUGAGGACAUUUCAUCUGGAUGUUUACAACACACUGUUCCUUCUCUUCAGCGACCUGACCUAAAGGGCGCUUUGCCACAGUCACAAAUAUGUCUGGUCUUCUCUAGACAAACUGAAAAUAUCUGCUUCUUUGGUAAUUACACCCUCAUCUGAAUGCUGGAUUCAACACUUUGGAGGAAACUGAUUUAGCUGCUCUGUGGGAGAGGUUAUUUUUUCUGUUGUUUGCAAACUAUCAAAAAUUUUAAAUACAUGCCAAAAAGGACCCAAACAAGAGGGCAUGUAAAGUGAUCUAUUAUUACUAUCUAUUAUCAGUUUUCAAAAGCAAACCUUUAAAAGUGAUCCAAAAAUAUAUAUAUUUUGUAUUAUUUUGACAAUAAACAGUGUAUAAUUUGCCUCCUUUGCUCAGGUUUAAAGGGUUUGUAAGGCUUUUGUUUCUAACCUCUGCUUCCCCCUUCUGGACAAAUCAAAAACUGCAACAUGCAACUUUUAAAAUCAACUUUUUCACUAUGAGAAGGAAGCUUUCUUACAGGAUGUAUAACAUUUUCUCCCCCUCCACGUUUCUCCAGGCGAUCCACGCUGAAUUAUCUAAACUUGUCAAAAGGCAGUCAGGAGGUAAAGACACUCAGGAGUGGAAAGUUAAACCGGCAGAGAUGCUUGGAGACGACAUCACACCUUUUCUGAUCCCCUCGAGAAAAAAGGAGCCAUCUGUAAGCCCAAAUUAAAAAAAACAAACUAAAGAAUCUUAAAUGUUUAAUCCUGAUGACAGAAAACUGGAGUUUCAGUUUUUCUUUGUCAUUAUGUUUUAGGGACUCACCUGGAAGGUUAUACUGGGAGCUCUGGUUGUGGCCUUGGGCAGCUUAGUGACAUCAAUGAUUCUGACUGCAAAAAACUAAACUCCUCUGCAGGAAGCACUCCUUCACUAUCAUCACCAUCGCCAUGUGCAAAGUUCGCUCUUUAAUCAAGACUCCUGGAGAAAAGUUUUUUAUUUUGAGUUAAGAUGUGACAGGAUAGAGGAUAGUACGACGUCGAGUUCUUCCACUGCAGGAGGAGAGAUUUCUGCUGAUCGAAGACACAGAUGUUUCCGACAGUCAUCUUUCCAGUUCUUUCUGUUUUAUUUGGAUAAAGGAUCACAUUUCUGUCUGUCAUAUUAAAGAGAAUUAGAAAUGUACUUCCAUCAAAGCCAAAACCCACCGAAAAGGCCCUGGAACUUUUAAAAAGUCCUAACCAGCUACAGAGAGCAGAUUCAACCGAAAUGAGUUCAGCCUCACAAUGAUAGAAAAUGUUUAAUGUCAACUCCAGUAGUUGAGGGAGUUAAAACUGUGUUGUCUGAUGGUUCCAAAUGAUGCUAAAUAAAACCGUUUAAGAAAGUACUCUUAUUUAUUUAUAGUUUUUAGAGUGAUCUUUGCCCUCCUACACAGAAAAAUACAUUUAAAAUAUCACCAUUUUCUUUGUUCAUUGACGAUUAUUUUAAUACCAAAUACAUAAAAACUAAGAAAAAUAAAGUAUGAUUAUAUUACAAACUUCUGUCUGUGUCUGUACAAUUUCUUCAACAAUGAAAAUCUCCAUUUUGAUCCUAAAAACAUAUAAUGAAAUAUUUCUGGCGCUUCUAAAAGGUUUAAAAUGUCCUGACAUUAAAACUAAGUCCUUCAUCAAAAAGCACAAACUGAGCGCUUGGUCCUCCACUGGUCCUUUGUUCUCUUUGUUCUGUACCAUCAGCAGCAGGCGUUUGGACUCUUCUUCUGGUAGGACGGACCG